UAGCUCCUCCCGACGAGACGUUGGUAAUCUCGAGCGCAAAGUACACUUGUGCGCAGAGCGAGGGCGAUUAGUAACGUCAAACUGAAUUGAACUGAAACUGAACUGAAAGUAAACUGGUUACUUGACCUCGUUUGGACUUUUUGUUGUAGCGAAUGUGACGGAAUUCAGAAUGAAGAAGGUAGUUUGCUCCAGUUUUAUGAAAGGAUACAGUAUCUGAAAGCUGUGCUGGAUUGACCAGGGCAUCGUGUUGCAAUGAUGAUGUUACCAACAUUGCCUCAGAUUUCAACACAGAGGUACAAAACACCACCCAGCCUCUCUUCUUCUGGGAACUACCCAGAAGAAAACGACGAGACUGCGAGCAGUGACUCUCUCCUUGACACACACUCUGAGCCCUUCCCCAGCUCCCAGACCAGGUCUCCCAUAAACAGUCAGCAUCACAUGGCCGAUGGUAACCACCACGGAGUAGCAGGGGCCCAGUCCUGUUACAACCCCUUCCGGCAAAACGUGGCACAGCAUCUCCACAGCAAUUACCAACAGCAGAGCCACUUCCACAGUCCCAUUGGCGAGUGCUCUAGCUGCCCAGACACGCAUGCCGGAGCCUGGCCCAGCAUCAGCUUCAGCAGUGGAUGUGGCUCCAGCGGUGCUAACCCCAACAGCCUGGCUUCUUGCCCGCCCUCUGAACACUAUAUGAGCUAUCAGAGACGGGACUACACCAGCAGCCAACCACAUGCCCCAUCUCCUGCUGUGGGCAGCUAUAGCCUCAGCAUUAGUCAGCUGGAGCCGCCCUUGUCCUUGCAUUCCGUGCCCCCCACCGGGACCGCUAACCCCUUUGUACAGCCGUACCCCUACAGACCCGCUGCAUGCUGCCCUCAGUAUCCUGUCGAUGAGCUCAGCAUGCAGCCUUCUCAUCCUCCUGGAUACUAUCUCCCCAGGACCCCAGGUGCCCCUUGCUGCAGACCUCCUGGAACUGGCACCACUCAGAGAGCACACACCACAACAGAACCCUCCAAAACAAAUGGCAUGUACAGCAUGCCUCUCCCUCUGGAACAGAGGAAGGUCUUUGUCACAUAUGAAGCAGACAGUGACAUGCACGUUCGCGAAAUCUUAAACUUUGUCUCUUUGCUGAGAGGGAAUGGAUUCGACACACAUAUUGACCAGUUUGAACAGCAGUAUAGAAGCAUAAGCAAAAUUGACUUCAUGGAAAAAUACAUCAGUGAGAAAGACUACUUGAUUAUUAUAGUAAUCAGCCCCAAGUAUUAUGAAACUGUCAAACCAUGUCAGUAUAGCAGUAUAAAGAAUGACGAGAGUGCCUUGCAUACAGUUUACAUCUACAAACAGCUACAAAAUGAGUACAUCCAGAAUGGCAGUAAAAAUUUCCGCUUCAUUCCUGUUCUCUUCCCUGGAGCAAAGAGGAGCCACGUGCCUUCCUGGCUGCAGAACACCCACGUGUAUCACUGGCCCCAAGACAUGCAAGACAUCCUGCUGCGGCUGAUGCGUGUGGAGAAAUACAACCCCCCACCCGUCGGAAAGCUCCCCACCAUCUUCUCUAAGCGCAUUUAGGAGCCUUUCUCGGGACCUGCGCAAAAAUACUGGCGCUGAUCAACUUCACUUCUGAGAGCAUGCUGUUUUAUGAGACUUCAGGUCUACGCAAUCACUGCUCUUUUCAACCAUUUUAAAACAGUACCCCAUUCUUCUUGAGUUUUCAGCUCAAGUACCCCCCUUUACAAUUUUCUCUCUACUG